AUGGCCCUGAAGACAUCCCCAUUCCCCAACCCGUGUGCUGAGGGCAUCCAUGCAGCUGGAUGGGCAUUGAUUCUACCAUGUUUUUGGUUUCUUGACCGCCUCAUCGCCGUGUGCAAGUUGACCACCCUCGAACGGCAGCAAGAGGACACGUGCUACCUCUUCCCCCUUAAGGUCUUUUUUGGCUCCAUCGUCUUCUUCACUCUGUUUAUCGUGACUUCACCCAUAGCCUUGCUGGGCUUCCUGCUAUGGGCCCCGCUGCAAGCGUGCCGCCGACCUUUCUGCUACCACAGAGAGACUGCGUCACUCCAGAGUGAAACGCAAAGGGGCUUCGAGCUGGAGGGAAAGGCUUCGUUUGUCUUCGCGUCGGCCAACUUAUGUCUUCUCCCCGACAGUCUUGCUCGCUUUAACAACCUGGGGCACACCCAGCAAAGGGCCACGGCAAUCGGCGAGUGUAUCGCUCAGGGUGUCGGCCGACCCAACAUUCGCAUCUUUAUCGACUCCCCCAGCAGCUGUGGCACUAUGAGCCCCUCCAACAGUGUGGCCCCUGCAACUAACGCCUCUGAAUAUGGUGAUACGAAGAGAGCGACUUCAAACCCAAUGUCACACAGUGAUGUGGUUGAUAUACCCUUUGGGGAUACAAAAGAAACCUCUCCGUCCUUCCAGCACAACUUUAACCAGAACUCCAACCAGCAGGGCGACGAGGGCCAGCACAGUGCCUCCCGCACUUUGCGUUCCCAGGGACUCUGCACGUUGGAUGACGUACCGUGGGAAGUGUCCACCAUGUUCCCGUCCAAUGUGGACAUUCUCUGCCUAGAGGAGGUGUUUGAUAAGCGGGCUGCAAAGAAACUCACCAGUGCGCUAAGUCCUUUGUUUGCACACAUACUCUACGACAUAGGGGGGUACGCCUGUCAACCUCCGUGCAGCUGUUCUUCUUUUAAGUUCUUCAACAGCGGCCUCUUCCUGGCCAGUCGAUUCCCCAUCUUGGAGGCCCAGUAUCACUGCUUUCCCAACAGUAAAGGUGAAGAUUCUUUAGCUGCCAAAGGCCUCCUCUCCACUAAGGUGCUAAUUGGGAAAAACCAGAAGCAGAAGAAAGUAACUGGUUAUUUCAACUGUAUACACCUUCAUGCACCAGAAGGUGAAGGAGCAAUCCGCUGUGAGCAGCUAAACAUGGUCACAAAGUGGAUUAGUGAUUUCCAAGCGGCCAACAGACAGCCUGAUGAGGAAGUGGUUUUUGAUGUUCUCUGCGGCGACUUUAACUUUGACAACUGCUCACCAGAUGACACUUUGGAACAGAAUCACAAUCUCUUUGAGGAGUACAAAGACCCUUGCAGAGCAGGGCCAGGGAAAGAGAAGCCCUGGGUCAUUGGGACUCUGCUGGAGCAGCCAACACUGUAUGAUGACAAUGUGAACACCCCAGAAAAUCUACAAAGAACAUUGGAAAAUGACAUGCUGAGAAAGCGUUAUAUCUGCCCGCCCGUACCCGCCACAGGCUCGCCAUUGGUUUACCCUGAAACUGACCAGCCGUGGAUUGGACGACGGAUUGAUUAUAUCCUAUUCCGGGAAAAAUCCAUCUCCAAGCACUGUCAAACCGAGGUGGAAGAGGUAUCAUUUAUAACCCAGCUGGCUGGCCUGACGGACCAUAUUCCUGUGAGCUUAAGACUGAAUGUCAGAAUGGAUUCAUAA